AUGAUUAACAAUAAUUUAGAUUAUGAGCGUAAUAGCAAUACAACGCCAGAUAGUGUUGCCACCAAUACCGCAGCAGCGCAUACAACAACAGCAAUGCGGUCAACCACAGUUUCGCCAACAACGGCGAACAGCAACAAUCAGAAUAGCAACAGCAAUCAGCCGAGUGUCGACAAUGGCAGCUACUUUAAUCGCUUCGACAAUCGCAUCGCCGCCAAUUUAGCUGCUGUGCUGACGGGUUCACGCUUCCGCUCGUCGUCCACAUCAUCGAGUACGUCGUCAGCAUCAAAGACCCUACAACGGAAAAGGAAUGCGAAUAAUCUCCACAACACUCAGGGCAUCUCGAAUUCAAGUACAAAUAUGAAUACAGUUGGCAAAGCUAUUGGUAAUCACUACAACGGUAUUUCCACUUUGGGUGGAAGACAUAAUCCACCCACUCACUUGCAGCUGCACGGCUCAGUGGGGCGCAGUCGACGACCGUUGCAUUUAUUCACGCAAGCGAAUUUGAACUGCAAUGACAACGAGAAAGCCGUACAUAUACCACCCAGCUCGGACGAAGACAACUCACCCACAGAGCUGAAUAAUUGCAAGCGUUUGGCCGACAAACCGCCGUUGGUCAAACGUUUAACCAUGGGGCUGUUGCGUUCGAAUGAGGAAUCACGCCCGCUAGUGGGUGUUGACCCAACUAACACGGCACAUAACACACUGAACAACUCAAAACUGAACAGUUCGACGAGCAAUAAAAUUUACUCGAAUGGUUAUAUUAAUGAGGAAGCUUUUGAGCCGGAGAAAUUUAUUGCGAGCAAAUUUGGUGAUUCUUGUCGACAAUCAUUGACGGCUAUACCCAUGUUGGACACUGUAAAUCUGAACGACAACAGCGAAUUCAAUUUGAAGAAGCGAUAUUUACGUGAGACGAGUAGUGCGAAUUCCAGUCCCAAAAUAUUUGCUAGUCGCCUGCGCACCAAUACAGUUUCGGCGGCAAUGUGUUCCGACAACACCUCGAACUCCAUCACAAACACCACCCUUGCCACCGCAUCCGAUGCCUUGGACGAAGCCGUUGAAGCUGAUCUGAAGGAUGCCUCCUGGUUCCAGGCGGGCAUUUCACGUGACAUAGCGGUCGAAGUGCUUACUAAUAAAAGCCCUGGUGCCUUUUUGGUGCGCAAAAGCACCUCCAAGCCAGGUUGUUUCGCAUUAACGCUACGCGUGCCAUCGCCGCCAGGUCCAAAAACAGUCAACUAUAUUAUUUUGCGAACGCCGCGUGGUUACAAAAUUAAGGGCUUUCGCAAGGAGUUCUCCACGCUUCAGGCCUUAAUCACACACCAUUCCGUCAUGCCUGAAUUACUACCUGUACCGCUUGCUAUGCCACGCCCAACAAAUAUGACUUCAUCCAGAAGGAAUAUCGACGACUUCGAUACAUAUGAUUCACUACAAAUGCUGCUGAAAUACUUGCGGGCAAAAAAUUUAGAAAAUGAGUAAAAUAAAUUUAGUUGAGUUAUAGCGUACCGAAAUAAAAGUAUUUACCGGGCACAAGUGGUUCUUCAUACCUGAUAUGCUUGCACGUAAAGAAACAGCACAAACAAAGCACGGCAAACUGAAGCAGUGCAGUGAAAAGGAAACUGGAAAGGCACAAGUUGAAAAAUUGUCCUCGCUUAAGCUUUAUCUGUGGUUUAUAAAGUAUUUAGGUUUAUGGAAAAUAUAUAUUUCGGCUUGUAACCAAUUAUUUUAGCUGCGUACAAUUCCACUUAUUCCACCAACUUCACGAAAGACUUCACACAAGAUAAACAUCGAGUCACGGAAACUACCAAACUAUAUAAAUAUUUUGCAGCCACAAGUAGGCCACAAAUUUUCUAAGUGCAUAUAAUUUUUAAGCAUCCAAUUCUCAAACGCAUAUGUAUGUAUGUACGCAUGCGUGCAUGGUUGCAUAUUUGAAUGAAUGAAAUAAAGUUUAUAGAAAAAUGUGAUAUCAUUAAGAGACGCUACAGGUGACUGGCGUAGGCGAAAGGCGCGUCUGUUGCAAAACUACAUAGUUUACUUAGUAUGUAUGUAUGUAUUUAAUGUUAAAGUUGUUUUGUGUAUAACUGUUAAGAAGUGCAUGCGAACAUAAUUGUGCAUAUGUGGUAUAUAUAUACGAUUAAUUUGUCUAAGAGACCACUAAAAGUUAAAUUCAAA